AUGCUCCAAAGGAGAACGAUCCGGAGUUUGUUCGAGGAGAAAGCGAAGAAGCCCAGUAGCGAAUGGACACCCAGUUGGCAACCAACCGACAUCGAAUGGACAGCAUUGAAGUCGCUUGAUUGUAUUUCUCACCCCAAGUUUUGUAAUGCAGCUUCUGUGGAAUUUCCAGUGGACCCUACUGACCCCGCAACUGGGACUCCUGUACGCCAUCUAACCGUGAACAGGCACGAGCAACGCACUAUAGACAAGGCACAAGCCAAAGCGAACAAGAAGAAGCGCACGUACCCAGAUAGUGAUACUAUGUCAGUUUGUGAUACAAAAAGGAUGAAGAUGACGGCAUUGAAGACUAUUCAUGCUGGUUUGCUGAAGCGACUCAAGCGCUGCAAGUCAGCUAAUCAAGAACGUCUUUUGGAAAAGAAGCUUGAUGAGAUGGACCACAAGAUGCUUUUGGAGGCUGGAAUUGUAGAGGAGGAGGAGGAGGAGGAUCCUGACGAAGCUAACGAAUUUGACGAGGUAACAACAACUGGUUCCCUUUCAAUUACUGGUAAUCCGUUAGCUGGUUUUGUUGGUAACGCGUCAUCUCCCAUUCCCAUUGAGACUGCAGUCUCUUCCACUUCGGAUGAUGAUGACGAAAUUCCUACUCGUACCAGCAAUUAG